UUUGAUCUUAUCUGAUUGGGUUAAUUGUCUUUACUUUUUGUCAAUUUCUUUUUUUGAUAUUCUCUCUUUGUCUUUUUGAUUAAGCUGAGAACUUCUUAUUAAGAAUUGACAAUUUGUAAUCUUUUAACCUGAGAUGAAGACAAAGGAGUGCAUUGGAGAGGAUAAAUGAUAUUCCUCGAUGACCAAAUAUCCUUAAAGAGAUCAUAUUAGGAUUUACUAAUGUAAACCUAAUGCCGGAAAUGAUGUUCACUGAACAGAUAUCUGAUUAACUGGUAAAAUUUUUUCUAUCAGGUGAAUUACUCAUGGUUCUUGGAUUGAUAGCUUGGAAAUUCAACCAACGUGUCUUCAGCUUCUUAAAAAAAAAUACUGUGAUAAUAAUCUAUGGAUUAACUAAGUUCUUUUCUCUUGGUUAAUCUUGGGUUAUUUUACUUUUUCUCUUCUGCAUCACAUUAUUUUUUUUUUCGAAGAGAAUUCACGGAAAAAGGAUGAAUUUCCUUUUUAUCUAUCCAUUUACCUUGAAUAAAUUCACCUGAGAUGAUGAAUGAAGCGAUACUGAUCCGGCAAAAAUGUUCUCCAAAAAGAACAAAAAAAAACAAAAUGGUGUCAACAACAAAUUCUCUUUAUAGAGAAUGAGAAAAAGAAAAGAGAAAAGAGAAAAACAAAAAAAGAAAAACAAACCACAAAGAUUCCAUCAUUUGGAUGGUGAUGAUUAACAUCAUUUUCCAAUUACAUUAAAAUCAAAUCAACUUGUGGCUUGGUAACAUUUGUGAUCUCCAUUGGCUUUCACUCAUUUGUUUACAUUUCAUUUUCUGUGUUAAUUAUCACCAUGAUUUGGAAUUUAAUUGUUAAUUAUCUAAAUCAAACCUCUGGUUAUCACAUCUUUGUGGAAUCUAUUCUAUUUCUUACUGUAAUCUAUUUAUUGUUAUUUCGUAAUAAGAGAUCAACAAAUAGUAGAAGAGAAAAACUAACCGACAAGGAAAAGCAACAACUGAUUGAUGAAUGGAUACCAGAACCAUUGGCACCUGAUAUACACUCUGACCAUUAUGCCUUAAAACCUAAAAUCAUAUCAAGUAAAUAUGGUAAAUACGUUUCCGUUGAUGGCAAAAAGUGUCUUAAUUUAGCAACACACAAUUAUCUUGGUCUCAAUGAUGAACAAUCAUUGGAAGAUGCUGCUCUUGCUGGACUCAAGCAAUAUGGUGUUGGUUCAUGUGGCCCAAGGGGGUUUUAUGGAACCAUUGAUAUUCAUCUUGAAUUGGAGAAACGUUUAGCUGCCUUUUUGAACGUUGAAGAGGUUAUCUUAUAUUCCUAUGGUUUAUCAGCUGUUUCAAGUGCCAUUCCUGCUUAUGCUAAAAAAGGUGAUGUGAUAUUUUGUGAUGAAGGUGUUCACUUUGCCAUUCAGAAAGGAUUAGUUGCAUCGAGAAGUUCAAUCAAAUACUUUAAACACAAUGACGUUAAUGAUUUACACCGACUAUUGAAAGAACAAGAGAAACAAGAUAUUAAGAAUCCAAAGGUUGCCAAAGUUACUCGACGAUUUCUUGUCGUUGAAGCUCUCUAUUUAAACCAUGGUGAUCUAUGUCCACUUCGAGAAAUGCUGGAACUUAAGAAACAAUAUAAGGUGCGAAUCUUUGUUGAUGAAACGGUUUCCUUUGGUGUUCUCGGUGAAAAUGGACGAGGGAUAACUGAACAUCUUAAUAUACCAAUUGAUGAUAUCGAUCAUAUCUCAGCAACCUUGGAACAUGCAAUCAGUGGAUAUGGAGGUUUUUGUGCUGGGACAACAUUCAUCGUUGAUCAUCAGCGGCUUUCUGGCCUUGGCUAUUGUUUUUCCGCUUCUUUACCUCCCCUUCAAACGGCGGUCGCAAUUGCAGCUCUCGAUAUAUUAGAAUCUAAGCCAAACAUAACUCACAAAUUGCGAUCAAACUGUGAAUAUAUUCACAAGAAAUUGAACAGUUUGAUUUCAUGUAAAGUUUUUGGAGAAACUUUCAGUCCAGUGAAACAUUUACGAUUUGCAGAACCAUUGGAAUCGCAUGAUAUUGAAACCAAACAGCUUGAAAAGAUUUGUGAUCAUGCUUACCAAAAAGGUUACGCUUUAACUGUUGCCCGUUACCUUGAUGAAGAGAUACUGGCUAAUCGUCCCAGCAUCCGAUUACUUAUCAAUGCAUCACUUAAUGAAACUGAAUUAACCGAAAUCUCUCAUGUGAUCGGAGAAGCUUUUGAUCAAAUCUUCACCUCUAAUUUAAAAUAAUCAAGUUUUCAAGUUGAUACUUUUUCUUUGUUUCUAUUUUCCACUCACAAAAGCGGCAAAAUCCAUCAAAGUCCAAGAUAAUUUUUCUUGGCUUCUUUUUAGGUCACAAAUACAAUAUUAUUUUAUCCAUAAUAUAAAUAAUACAAAAAAAAAAUAAAGCAGGAGAAAUGAGAGAAAGAUGGAAAAUAAUAAUAAGGUUUACCAAUUACCAAA